AAAGCUUUUACAAACUUUCUCCUCACAUACCCAACAUACUAAACAGGGUUUCUCGAUUUAACUCAACCAAACCCCAAAAGCAACCAAACUCCAAAUCUCUCUUCUCUCUCCAUGGACUUGCAUCUGAAGCAAUGGAGAAACCAGCAUGAGUCAGAGCAGCAACAACACCAACAACAUUCUGUAAAGAUACCAAAACUCCUCCUUGAUCCCCAUCAACAAGCGUCCUCUGCCCUCCCCCUGUUUGUACCUGAACCCAACACCAAAAUCAGCAACCUGUCAGCGGCAUUUCCAGAUUCAUCCACUAGAUAUCCCAGGAUGGGAAGUUACUUCAGCUGGGCACAGUGGCAGGAGCUGGAGUUGCAGGCUUUGAUCUACAGGUACAUGUUGGCUGGUGCUGCUGUUCCUCCUGAACUUCUCCUGCCAAUCAAGAAGAGUCUUCCUCUUCACUCUCAUCCAUACUUCCUCCAUCACUACCCUCACAAUUACCAGCCUGCUUUGUUGCAAUCGGGGUAUUGGGGCAGAGCAGCGAUGGAUCCAGAGCCGGGUCGGUGCCGGAGGACUGACGGGAAGAAGUGGAGGUGCUCGAGGGACGUGGUGGCUGGCCAGAAGUAUUGCGAACGGCACAUGCAUCGUGGCCGCAACCGUUCAAGAAAGCCUGUGGAAAUGCCCACACCUAAUGGUACCAGCAGCAGCACCAACAACAAUGCCGCUGUGGCUUUCGGUGGCGGUGCUGCAGGUCCAGUCGGUGCUGCAUCGCUUGCAGCGGUGGCUAAUGGGCCCAAUUUUGGCCUUUCAGGGCCUUCUCCUUCCAUUGAUCUUCUUCACUUCAAUCAAAGUUCCUCAGACUCCAAAACCGAACACACUGGCUUCUUUGAAGCACAGGUUAAGGUUGAUGACAGGAAUGAUGGCCAUAUCUUGAGGCAUUUUUUUGAUGAUUGGCCGCGAUCCCUUCAGGAAUCUGAAAAUGCUAGAAACAGUGCCAACUCGAUGAAUUCCAACACUUCCCUUUCAAUUUCAAUGCCUGGGAAUUCGUCAUCAGAUGUGUCGUUGAAACUGUCUACUGGCAAUGGGGAUGAGCAGCAGGGUCCCCAAGACAUCGAAAGGGAGCAGCAGCCCCAGCUGAAUUGGGGUGCAGGAUGGGCUUCGAAUCAGGUAGCUUCAAUGGGAGGACCCCUUGCUGAGGCAUUAAGAUCAUCAUCCAAUUCAUCUCCUACCAGCGUCCUGCAUCAGUUGCCCAGAGCUUCUGCCUCGGAUACUAGCUAUGUUAGCACUUGAAUUUAUGUAGUACUGCUGAGCUUUUAUUCUUUUCUUCUCUGUUGUUUAGGUACUUGAAACACAACAGUGUAUAUUACCUUUACUACUUGCUUGAUUUUUCGAACCAAAUUUAUUUCAUCAAGUUUUCAUGAUC